CACCCUGUCAAUCAUCACUUCUGUUUGUUCGUCCUUGGGCGCCGGCUCUUUUGUCCGUGAGGAUCGUGGGACUCUUGAGAGCAAGUUUGAGACAGCCGCAAGUUCACUUGUCAUUCUGUCAAGAUGAACGCGCCAGAUCGUUUCGAGUCUUUUGUUCUGUCUCCUGGAGAAGAGAAAGUCGAGGUUGAGACCGAUACUCGCAUUCCAUCUGCCUCUAUUUUCACUUUCAACAAAGAGGACCACACGCUCGGCAACCUCCUCCGCUCCCGUCUUCUGCAGAAUUCUCAUGUGAUCUUUGCUGGUUACAAGGUUCCCCAUCCUCUAGUUCCCAAGUUUGAACUCCGCGUUCAGACUGAUGGCGAGAUCACUCCUAAGGAUGCUCUGCUCGCCGCCUGUCAUGACCUUGUCAAGGAUCUGGGCAUCCUUUCCCGAGAAUUCACCAAAGAAUACGAGCUGCGUAAGAUGGUCGGAGCUACCCAGCAGCAGCAGAAUGGUACUGCAGAAGGUGCUUAGAUUGUAGGCUGCGAUACUGGCGAAUCGGAGCUGUUUUGCACCUGCUUGUUUUCCUCUGGUCUGGAUUUUGGCGCAUCUGGUUUAUGCGAAUCACCUGUACACUAAAACGUGGCGAUUUGCCAUAUUUUCCAUGCAUUGUCUUGUACGGGCUUCAUGGUAUCGCAAAUUGCACGUUACUCGAGAUGAUGAUUUAUCGAGUCGCCUAAAGUUUGGGCUCGGUUUUUGGAGGAGCCUCUACGCUACGAGUUCAUCAUGAUAAUGAGGGAUGUUAAUUGCUGUCUCUAAUGAUAACGUCCGGUUUGAUGACUAUUAUGCAACGACAAGCAGCAGUCGAGACUUUAAUACCGCCUAGAGGUUCAAAGCUACAAUUCAGAUUGCAUUUGUGACUGGAA